AUUCCGCGUGUAACUGCGGCUGAUGCGAGUCGGACGAUGUGCACUCUGUAGUUAAAUGACGGGAGCAACGUGCUCUCAGUAUUUUAAGGAUGAACUUUGUUUACUUCCUUUGAUGGAAUAAGGAUUUUUUUCUCACUUUUAGUUAACAAGACCCUGUUAUGUAUUGUUGCCUAAAACAAUUUAAAUUAUGAUAAGCUUUAUUAAGGUGAUAUAAUUAACUAAUACAAAAAGAAAAUUUUGUAAUUUUGAAUGGUAGAAAAAAGUUGAAGUUGAUGUUUCAUAAUCUAAAAGAUAAAAAAGUGCUGUAUUGUGAGAGUGAACUUUUUAAAGGACUAAGGAUUUUUUUAAACUUUGCAUUUAGUAGAAAUUUUUAUUAAUCUUUGUCCAAAGCAGUCUGAACUGUUAUAUGUUUUGAGGAAGGCAAAAUAAAGUAAGAUGAAAAGAAAAACAUGCAUAUUUUGAUGUGAGUUAAAAGGUCAUAUUUGAACAUUCAUUACCUAAACGAUAAAAUAGUUGCCGCAUUUAAAAAAUGAACUCUGUUUACUCUUUUUGAAGAAAUAAGGAUUUUUUUAAACUUUAUGUUUAUAAGAAGUUUGAAUUGAUAGUUGCCCGAAACAUUUUAAGUUAUUGUAUGAUUUAUUUAAAUGGGAAAAAAAAUAACACGAAAAGAAGAAUACAUGCUUUCUAAUGCUUGUGCAAGUAUUGGAGUUUGUGUUUCAGAAUCUAAACGGCAAAAAUGAGUGAUUCUUCCUAUUGAACCCUGCGCAAGUAAACGAAGUUUUGUAGAGUAAUCUAGCAUUACAAUAAAAAGAAACACUUUUCAUCUGUUUCGAUAAACUUGAUAGACUAAAUCAUAGUUAUAGCAAAACAAACUGUAAAUGCGUAGAAACAAUACAGUAUUUUAUACUUUAACUAUUCAGUUAAAUUGCAUAUAAUGUGGUUGUAGUUGGAAUCAAAAUAAAAAAAAAAAAAGAGGAUGAACAUUGAACAUUUAGAGCAAAAAUAUUUCCUGACUGACAGUUAAAGCAAAAAUGUAUUAUUUUCAUGUAAUUCCUAGAUAUCAGUCUUUAAUAUAAUGUGCAAAAUACUGACAUCACAUGUGACAGUGAAGUUUUUUAGGCAUGAAGUUUGUUAAAGACUACAAACAUAACGGUUGACAUUUUGUAGGGUUUUUUUUAUUGAAAGAAAAAAAUUAUGUGUCUCCGUAUGUAAACCAAUUCAACUUGUUAUUUUACCAACUAAAUAUCAUAUGUGUUUCAAAAAAUGGUACUGAUUAAUAAUGAUGGAUUGAAGUUUGAAGCUUACGAGAAAAGGAUAUCCCACAACUAGAGGCCGCCUGCUGUUGCAUAGUGUGAUGCCGCCUUACCAUGCAACUUCGACGAGUUAACAUGCGAGAAAUGGACUUAUACUUAGUCAUUCCCGCAAUUUUAGUAGUCUUUUCACUUUCAGUCGCUUCCUUAGAACCUGAGUUUACCGAAACAAUUCCUAACGUCACAGUUCCCAUUGGUCGCGAUGCUCUCCUGAGAUGCACCGUUGAGAACCUAGGAAGUUAUAAGGUAGCAUGGAUUAAAAUGGACACCCAGACCUUGCUAAGCAUACACAAGAAUGUCAUAACUAGAGACCAAAGAAUUCGGGUCACACACAACAAUAUGCAGUGGAAUCUUCACAUUAAGGAGGUAGAUAAAAAAGAUCGAGGUUAUUACAUGUGUCAGAUAAACACGCAGCCAAUGGUGAGUGAAAGAGGAUACCUUGAUGUCAUGGUUCCUCCUACAAUCAUAGAAAGUCGCACGAGCUCAGACACUGUGGUGGAAGAACAAAAGAGGGUCAGUUUACGUUGUGAGGCUUAUGGUUAUCCACAGCCUAAGGUAACGUGGCGUCGAGAAGAUGGGAACAAAAUCCAUCUCGGAUCUUAUGGAGGACGAAAAUUCACAGCUUUAAGAGUUGAGGGAGAAUACUUAAAUAUCAGCCAAGUCUCAAGAGAAGAUAUGGGAGCCUACUUAUGCAUAGCCGCAAAUGGUGUGCCGCCAUCUGUAAGCAAGAGAAUAAUGCUUCAAGUUAAUUUCCGUCCAAAAAUUCGUGUCCCAAGACAGCUGAUAGGUGCUGCUACGGGUGUAGAUGUUGUCCUUGAAUGUAAGUUAGAAGCUUCACCAACUCCAUUAACAUCUUGGAUCCGUCACGAUGGACUCAUGUUACUCAAUAACAAGAAAUAUCAUUUAGAAGAAGAUAGAGACGGUUACAAGAUCCAUAUGAGAAUCCGCAUCGGAAAUUUGCGAGAGAAUGAUUUUGGAUCUUAUAAAUGCGUGGCCAAAAAUACACUGGGUGAGAAAGAAGGAUUCAUAAGACUUUAUGAAAAUAAAAGAAUUGGUUCUUCAUUAGAGAACAAUAUGCUUGCCACAAACACACAGAUGGAUGAAUCACAAGAGCAUUUGUCAGGUGCCUUCUUAAAAAGGUGGAUGAAUCUCUGGUUCAUAGUGCUUCUAACUGGCAUUUUAUUACUUAACUCAUUUGUUUCUUAAGCCAGUGAAUUCAACUAUCGUACGUCUUGAAAAGAGGUCAAGACGCCAUCGAUCCCGCAUCGUACCUGCAAUGAACACUAACAACAAUAGACAAUCUUUUGUGUUACAGAUAACAUCAGUUUGUAAUUCGUAAACUGUAAACUUCUUGUCAAUACAGGCUGUUUUCAAAUAAUUAAAAAUAUUAGACACUAGGAACUAUCUAGUACAACUAUUGGUAAAGUGAGUGAAAAAUACGUAUAACACGAUUUUUGCAAUUGUAUGAUGGCAUUGUGCUCGUUUGAGAUUAAACUAUGCCUUUACUUAUCAGCACUGCAUUUCUGCAAAGGUGCCCACCUAGAGGAGGGAUCCUGGCGCAAACUGCGCCAUUAAAAUCUAUGGAGGGGAUGUUUUGACGGGUAUUUUUCACUUUUUUGCGAAGCUCUUACUUUUGGGGCGUUUCGACAUUUGAGGGGGGGGGGCUGAUUUAUGAAUGCGUUUUUGAGCGCCUCAAAAGUUGAAAAUGUCACAGCUAUUUACAUUUGUACUGGAAAAAGAAGUAAACGUCUUAAAAAUGUUUAACAGGUUUAAGAAAAUUCUUUAAAAAGUAAGGUUUUAUGUUUCCUUUAUCGGCAUAUAUGUUAUUGAAUUGAAUGCUGUGACUUCACUUUAAAUAUUUUGUGCCAUUUUUUUUUUUUUUUUUUUUUUUUUACGUUGGCUGUUAAUCAUACAAAAGCAAUAUUUUUUUUAAGAGAAACUAUUUUCAAUAGUUUUUAAUUAAAUUGUUCUGAGCAUAUUGAAAAUGGUAAAAGAAAAUAAAUUUGGGGAACUACUAAAUUAAUAUUAUAUUGCUCUGUAUAUUUUAUAAAUAUCAUUUGCUCCAGGGCACAAUGUAUAACUUUUUUUUCUUUCAAAUGGGGCUGCGUUAGAGGCACAACCCUUUGCAGACCCAGUCCAAUCCCUUAAAAUAGCAUCUAUUCUUUCUCGUAGCACAACAUCAGCGGAUGCUUUUACAACGAGAACUUUGAGUCCCUGUUUUCCCACUUGAUGUAGCCACCUGAUCUCUCUUCGAUGUGAAACUGCAAUAGGAAUUGAACCUAGCCAAGCUAGUACUCAAAUAAUCUUUUACAUGCCUCGUAAUCAUACGACAUCGACGCUGUCGAUUUUCUGCAGCUUGAAAAUCUACUGACUGGAACCAGGUUUGAACUUGCAAUUUCGAGCGAAAGAAACCAGCGCGUAACCACUACAAUACUCGGUCGACACACUGAGCAGUUUUAUUUUGAAUGUUUUGUGCCAAAAGCUUGUUAUAUUGUAUUAUAAAACUAAUAUGAGUAGGAUAUUUUGAAAUUAUUUUUUUAAUAAGUAAGUUUAACUUAAUUUCAAAAAAUAAAAAAUAUGUAGUCUAAUUGAAAUUAUCUAAUACAAAGUAUUUACGUAAACAAUUACCUUUAUAUUAGUAUUUUUAAAUGUUUCUGUGACUUUAAAGUCAGUUAUCGUUGUUCGUUUUG